AUGGACACAGAGUCCAAGUCAGGCCCACUAAACAUCCGGAAGAUACACUCAGGAGUGCAGACAUCAAAGCCACAUUCUGGCCAUGCAAACACACUCAGGGACACACUGGCUGAGACUGAGAGGAGACAGGAAGACAAGAAGGUACACUCAGGAGUGCAGACAUCAAAGCCACAUUCUGGCCAUGUAAACACACUCAGGGACACACUGGCUGAGACUGAGAGGAGACAGGAAGACACGAAGAUACACUCAGGAGUGCAGACAUCAAAGCCACAUUCUGGCCAUGCAAACACACUCAGGGACACACUGGCUGAGACUGAGAGGAGACAGGAAGACACGAAGGUACACUCAGGAGUGCAGACAUCAAAGCCACAUUCUGGCCAUGCAAACACACUCAGGGACACACUGGCUGAGACUGAGAGGAGACAGGAAGACACGAAGGUACACUCAGGAGUGCAGACAUCAAAGCCACAUUCUGGCCAUGCAAACACACUCAGGGACACACUGGCUGAGACUGAGAGGAGACAGGAAGACACGAAGGUACACUCAGGAGUGCAGACAUCAAAGCCACAUUCUGGCCAUGCAAACACACUCAGGGACACACUGGCUGAGACUGAGAGGAGACAGGAAGACACGAAGAUACACUCAGGAGUGCAGACAUCAAAGCCACAUUCUGGCCAUGCAAACACACUCAGGGACACACUGGCUGAGACUGAGAGGAGACAGGAAGACACGAAGGUACACUCAGGAGUGCAGACAUCAAAGCCACAUUCUGGCCAUGUAAACACACUCAGGGACACACUGGCUGAGACUGAGAGGAGACAGGAAGACACGAAGGUACACUCAGGAGUGCAGACAUCAAAGCCACAUUCUGGCCAUGUAAACACACUCAGGGACACACUGGCUGAGACUGAGAGGAGACAGGAAGACACGAAGAUACACUCAGGAGUGCAGACAUCAAAGCCACAUUCUGGCCAUGCAAACGCACUCAGGGACACACUGGCUGAGACUGAGAGGAGACAGGAAGACACGAAGGUACACUCAGGAGUGCAGACAUCAAAGCCACAUUCUGGCCAUGUAAACACACUCAGGGACACACUGGCUGAGACUGAGAGGAGACAGGAAGACACGAAGGUACACUCAGGAGUGCAGACAUCAAAGCCACAUUCUGGCCAUGCAAACACACUCAGGGACACACUGGCUGAGACUGAGAGGAGACAGGAAGACACGAAGAUACACUCAGGAGUGCAGACAUCAAAGCCACAUUCUGGCCAUGCAAACGCACUCAGGGACACACUGGCUGAGACUGAGAGGAGACAGGAAGACACGAAGGUACACUCAGGAGUGCAGACAUCAAAGCCACAUUCUGGCCAUGCAAACGCACUCAGGGACACACUGGCUGAGACUGAGAGGAGACAGGAAGACACGAAGGUACACUCAGGAGUGCAGACAUCAAAGCCACAUUCUGGCCAUGCAAACGCACUCAGGGACACACUGGCUGAGACUGAGAGGAGACAGGAAGACAGGAAGAUACACUCAGGAGUGCAGACAUCAAAGCCACAUUCUGGCCAUGCAAACGCACUCAGGGACACACUGGCUGAGACUGAGAGGAGACAGUAAGACAGGAAGAUACACUCAGGAGUGCAGACAUCAAAGCCACAUUCUGGCCAUGCAAACACACUCAGGGACACACUGGCUGAGAGUGAAAGCCAGGCUUAUGUACACACACGUACACUAAGGUGCUUAGAUACACAAGUAUACACACACAGCACCAACAUCCCCGAUGACCGUGUGUGCAAAGCACCCUCGGGUCCCGGAGAAUGCAGAACUCUUCCUCCCAGCCUCACACGUGGCCGGCCUCCAUGGGAGGGACGGGAGCAAGGUUCUUACCAGGAUUUCGCCCAGCUCGUCCUCAUCGCAGUCAGCAGGCUCCUUCCCCAGGCGCGCUCUGGUUGGCUACACAGAGACACAGAUGUGUCACAAGAAAGAGCUUCGCAUGUGGGACAAGGUGACGGCGGUGCGUCCACCCCGUGUGAGCUGGAGGAAGGUGCUGUCAAGAGCUCGUGCUUUCACCCUGGGAAGGCCCUGGCAGCCUCUGAUCUGGAGACAAAUGACCGUGUGCACGGCCUGCUGACUUUCCCACCUGUCCUCUCUCGGGCACUGCCUUACACAGUCCUCAGGCACAGACAGAUACCUGAAAUUUGAACAUUUCGUCAGCGGAAGCAUUCAUGAUGUUACAAAUCUGAAAAAGCAUCAGAAAAACGAUUUCAUCCAAAGCAGCAGAAGGUCUGUUAUGAUCUAAAAUGGCCUCUGUGGCCCUGAGGUGAGCUUUUAAGUAGGUAAAGCAGGGCAGCUGGGGGCUUCACUGAGGCACGUGGAGGCUGGCCGGGAGGGCGGGACGUGGCAGAGACAAGGAGAAGCACACAUCGCCACACCCAGUGAGGGCAAGGCUGUGGGGACUCCAGACAGCACAGGACUCACAAAGCCGCUUUCUGCCACGUAGCUUGGAAGGCCGCUGGCCAGGGCCCAGUGAUCGGCUGGGGGUGUGCUGUGGGCAGAAAGCAGGGGUCAGAUAGGCCACGCUGGGCUGGAUGUGUGCGUGCAGGAGUCAGAGGGACUGGAUGUGUGUGUGCAGGGGUGAGAGGGGCCGGGCUGGACUGCACGUGUGUCUGCAGGGGUGAGGGGCCAGCCUGGGCUGGACGUGUAUGUGCAGGGGUGAGAGGGGCUGGUCUAGGCUGCACGUGUGUGUGCAGGGGUGAGAGGGGCUGGUCUAGGCUGCACGUGUGUGUGCAGGGGUGAGAGGGGCUGGUCUGGGCUGCACGUGUGUGUGCAGGGGUCAGAGGGGCCAGGCUGCGCUGGAUGUAGGUGUACUGGGGUCAGAUGGACUGGGCGUGUGUGCAGGGGUCUGGGGGUCUCUGGCUCAUGUGCCAUCCUCAGCAUUUACUCUCUUCUCUGAGUGCCAGGGGGUUCAGGAGGCGAGGAGGCCAGGGUGUGGGUUGGAGGACGGCUGUGCUGCCUUCUUCCUCCUCCCCAGGCUGCCGUGCUGGGGCCCCUCCCUCUUGGGAACCCCUCCCUCUCCGGAGGCCGUAUGGCUUCAGUCUGCUUUCUAGGACUCAGCGUUGGUGCCUGCCCUGCCACCCUGACCCUGACUUGUGCUCAAGCCUGGCACCUGGAUCCUGGUUCCUGCUUGAGGCCUGGGGAUGGGGUCCCAAUAGGCUUAUGGGAUCACAGGGCCACUGGGCCACCAGCUGCCCCUCCCUUGGCUGGAGUCCUGCCCUGACCUCCGGACUGGAGUUCCCCUCCUCUUCCAGCCCCACAGGGCCAAGACUCGGCCUCCUGGCUGGAGGGUCCACUGUCUGGGUGGGGCUGGUGGCGCCAGGGUCAAAUCCUGGGGCCUUCAUGCUCAAUUGUUGCUGACGAGGCCGCCUGGACAGCUUGCCUGGUCCCCUGUAUGUCCACUCUGGAUGUCCACAGUGACUCGGGCUCCUCAGCGGCCCACGUCCUCCUCACCAUCUCCCAGAACAGAGGCCCACGGAGUACCGCUCACAGUUGAGGUAGGCCCGCACCGUGUAGAAGGCCUUGUGGAACUGCCUCUCAAUGUCCGUCAG